AUGGCGAAAUUUGGUUCUCCUGCAACUCACAUUGAGGACACAGUUCCUCAAGUCCCAUCAGCUCUUACUAUCGUUGCCAUCGACACUAACUUAACCGUUCUUGAAUUCAUCAAGAACACAUGCAACCAUGAUGGUAUUCAAGUUCUGGCGUGCUCUGAAUCUCAAAGUGCCGUGAAUGCCUUACGGAAAAGAAAACAGCGUAUUGAUUUGAUACUCGUAGAGGUUGAUAUGCCAAUCAUGAACGGCUAUGAAUUUCUAGAAUUUAUCAAGAAAGAACAAGUUGAUGUUCCUCUCAUAAUGAUGUCUUCGGAUAAUAGUAGGGCUUCGGUAAUGAGGGCGAUGGAACAUGGAGCUUAUGAUUAUUGGGUUAAACCUUUGCAGGAGUUUAAUUUCACGAUUAUGCGGGCACGUGUAUUUCAGAAGAAGUGCAUGAUUGCAGAUAAGCUGCAAAAGGAUAGUGGUUGCUUAAAAGAUGAUGAUAAAAGAAGAGGAAGAAGUGAUAAUUCUGAACUGGCUUCAUGUAUGGUUCAUAGGAGCAAUAGCAACUUUGAAGAAGCAGAUGUUGUUGAUGAAUCAUGCAAUCCAUCUCCCACCAAGAAGCCUCGUGUUGUAUGGGAUCAAAAACUGAAUGCUUCAUUUGUCAGUGCUGUCCUAAUAAUUGGAAUUGAAAAGGCUACGCCAAAGAAAGUUCUUGAAGUCAUGAAUGACCCUCGUUUGGAAAGAACACAUAUUGCCAGUCAUUUGCAGAAAUACAGAAAAUAUUUAAAACAGCAGCAACAGAAACAGGAACAGCAACAGCAACAGAAUGACAUGUCUCUCGUUUCAGGGAGACAAAUAGAGCGACAACAAUCGAAACAGAAGGACAUGUCAUUGCCAAGGACGUCUGCAUUGCAACCUUGUUCUGCUACUGCAACGACAAAUUUUCAUCCUGGUUUUACCGGUAACAUGGAAGAGGAAGCUUUGGCACAUGGUCAUCCUUUAGCAGCCUUUCCUAACGUUGUCAUUCCCGAGAAUUUUUCAGAAGAACAAUCAAAUAUAAAUAGACUACUGUCUAACAAUUUUAAUGCAGAGCAAGUUUUGGCACAUGAUCAUCCUUCAGCAAUCUUUCCUAACAUUGCCAGUAACCUGAUAUCUCAACCGGGAACUCUAGAUGAUGCUUCUAUAUAUGGAUUACUUACUCCAUCUGAUACACCGCUAUUUGUCAAUCCCACUAUUCUACAGAUAGAUACUAUGCAGCAGCCGAUGAAUCAUAAUCAAAUGUAUCCAAUGAACUUUCAGCCAUCUUUCACGAUGAUUUCUGGAAAUCCAGCUUUUGCCUCCCAGAAUUACAACUUUGGCAUGAACAUGGGUCAUGGUUCUCAAUCUAUACAAGAUGGAAAUAGCAUAGGUGAAGGAAUUCUUGAUCAAUAUAGCACUAUAGAUUCCAUUUAUCAUCCAGAGUUUCAAAAUGCAGGUUUGCCAAGUGGUGCUGUCAGACGUUUUGCUGCAAGUGAUUAUAGGAGCCAAAAUCCCUAUAUUGAUGGUAACUUGUAUCAGCAAUGA